AAAAAAAAGGUUUCUUUCUACAAACGGGCACAAAUACUUGUGGCUGAUACAUGGAGUGUAUUGGAAGGCAAAGGAGAUGGUGCUUUUGAUGACAUUUCUAGUCUGACUAUAUUUGCUGACUACAGAAUUCCUCAAGUUCUUGUUCACUUAAAAGCAAUGAAGUAUUCUGAAAAACUAAUGAAGAAACUACGUGAAGGAACAAUUUUCCAGUCUGGAGAUAGAGAGGAGGUGGAGAUCCGUGGCUGUUCGAUUUGGUGUUGUACAUUGAUUUGUAAGCACCUGCUGGAGCUCUAUGAGAAGAAGGGUCAGGACAUGAGUGAAAAGAUCAACGCGGUUUUACUUGAUUAUCAUCUUUGGGACUAUGCCAGGGAUCACAGGGAAGAGAUGAAAGAUGUUCCCUUUCACCGGGUGCGGUGUAUCUAUUACUAA